AUGGCGUCGGAGCUACUGGAAUUCUCCGUUCCAAUCGACUCAAGUCUGACGGAAGGCCCUGGAGGCGCUUUAGCCAAUGAACGAUCCAGAAGAUCCGAGAGUUCAACACUCAAGAAUGGAUCAGAGAGAAUCCCAGGAGAGAUCCCGAAGAUCCAGGUAUCUCCGAGGCCCCCGUCGCCGGUGCCUUGCCCCUUCUGGCCAGUCCCGCUGAGAGCUUUGGGUAUUAACGUUGCUGGUCUGGUCUUCAAGAUUGGCAAUCCGCCUAGUUCACUUUAG